GGUCGCGACACGGGGCACUCGGGCCGGCGCUCCUCUGCCACCGAUGCCUCCAGCCGGCGCUGCCUUGCUAGAAUUAGUUCCAUGAAAAGUUUUUAGAACCAGUAGACUAGUGACCUAAAACAAAAGAACUGUGCAGAAGAUCAGUUGCAACAGACAGAUGAACAAGAGCGUGAUGGAAAGCGCAUCCCAGGGCGCCAGGAAAACAAGCGCGCAUCGCCAGGGUCGCCCGAGCCAUGCCUUCCCCGGGGGCGCCCUAGAACAGAGCCUCUAGAUGAGGCAGCCGGGCUUCUGGGCCUUUCUAGAAGGAGCCCCCUGCCAUAGCCUGGACUGGUGACCGCCGCAGCUGGCCCGCGUCGCCUGGAUGGCCUCCCAAGAUGACCUCCAGGACUGAGAAAAGCGCCAGGAACAACAAACUGGAGUCCUUCCUCAAGAGGAACCUCCACCCGAGUGUCUACAACAAUAUAAGGUGGUACGAGGCGGUGAUCCUGCGCACCGGGAACGCCCUGGCCUACAAGCAGGUGGUGGUGAGCGGCGAGGACCUGUACGUGACGGAGACGCCCCCCCGCACGCUCUCGCAUCUCCUCCACGCGGCGCAGAUCUCCGACGUCUCGCUCGUUCACGACCUCCCCGAGUUCCUGCGCGGCGGCGUGAGGGACCAGACCACGCACGUCAUCGUCAGGUUCCGUUCGUCCAGGAGGUCGUCCCUCGCCAAAGCCAAGGUCCGACGCUCCACCGUGGAGGAACCCAGCACUUCCUCGAUCGACGAAGAGGGUGACGAGGAGGAGAGCGAUGAGCCAGACGCCCACGCCACCCACGUCCUGGCCCGGGCCGCCCACGACACCGCCAGCGUCUGCAGCGACCCCGUGCCCUCGCUCAGCCUGCCUUCCGUGGACGGAGGUCACUCCAACAACCGAUCUUAUCCCAGCAGCCCGAGGGUGACGCCCGCCGUCCGCCGCAACUCCUCGACGGGCAUCCUGGCGGAGACGUCGCCCCUCGCGCUGGCCACCGCCCACGUUCUGCUCUCGCCCCGCAAUGGUGCCAAACGCCCCGCACGGGCACCUUCGCCCGACAUGGACGCUGUCUACCACGGCCGCGCCAUCACGCCCACCAUCGCUGAGCUGCUGGGCGGAGUGUCGCCCGCAGGCCGCCCGCAGCUCGCCACUCGCUCCAGCACGCCCGACUCCUUGGCGCGCGCGCGCAUGCCCCGCUCGCUCAGCGCCCUCGAGACGUACCACCGCUCCUCGCCGCUCGCCCUCGACCUGCCCUCGCGCAGCAAGAGCGUCCUCGACAAGCCCUCGGCCGCUCUCGGGCCGGCGCCGGCGAGGAGUCAGAGUCUGGACUUGAAAGACUUGACGGACGGCCACAGGAACGACGAGGUCCUCCACCUAUACACGCUGUCCACGUCCACUCUCCUCUUCCACCUGCUCCACUCGCUCUGGGUCGCGUCCACUCUGAAGCAGACGCAGAACGCCGCUCGCCUCAGGGCCGCCCUUCACGACGUCUCCCACGAACGGACGCUCGACCUCACCUUCGGCCAGCUGAGGAACGAGCUCCUCACGUCCACGUCGCUGGAGGAGCAGUUCUCCGUGCUGCAGGAGCUCCAGCAGGGGGUCGCCAAGUACAGCACCAUCAGGAGGCUCGUGUGGAGGGACCCUGACCUGAUCGAGGUGAUGCGGAGCUUCGUGAGGAGCUACAUGAAGCCGAGCGGCCCGCAGCAGGUGUCGGCGGCCGAGGACCCCGAGGAGGCGCUGCAGAGGCGCCAAGACGAACUCGAGAUGCUCGCCCUCACCCUCGAGACGCUGGCGACCUGCACGCAGGGCACUCAGCGGUGCCCUCACAAGAUGAAGGUUCUGAAGCGCAACAAAUUCGAGUGUCUCAAGGGACUGAUCACGGAGGUCAUGGCCUGCCCGGAAGUGCCCGCCCCUUACACGCUGACCUGCACGCGCUGGCUCACGGACUUCAGAGACCUGUCCUCGCACGCCUGGGAGAACCUGCCCGAGAGCGAGCUGCUUCGCCUGGUCCAAGACGUGACCCACACGAGCACGAGCUGCAUCUACGAGCUCCUAGGGGCAGUGAGCGAGUUCUCUUGGGUCGGAGGCGGCGAGCACGUGUCUGGCCAGGAGGAGAGCGUGAUCAGCUUCACCACGCUCUUCCAGCACGCGCCCGUGGAAGCCUGGCUCUCGUACAGCGUCCCUCAGCUGCUGACUCUCCUUCACCCGGAGCAGGACAGCCAGGCCUCGGGCUCGGAUGCCGCUCUCAUCCACCAAUACUGCAGCGUCCUGGCCACUCUCCUGCACCACAGUCCGCGCGCGCUUCAGUACUGCACUUCUAACUACGCGGAGGAAAUCAGGUACUACGUGCACGAGUCGGUGGUGUCGUACCGGCUCGGAGCUUCGUCGCCCAUCCUGCCUCACACGCUCAAGGUGGUUCGCUCGAUGACGAAGCUGGUUCGACCGAAGAGUUCACUCCGCACGAGAUAGAGACACCUGUAAUUCGAACAUUACUUUUAAUUAAGGCUGUAUUACGCGGUACAGUCUGCUGUAAAAAAAGAGAAAGUAAAGAGGUGAAUGAUUAUCAUAAAUUAAUGAAGAAAAAAAGAAGGAGAGGAUGUUUUAUAUAUGCGAUAAGAUGUAUCUAUAUCUGUUGCAAUGUUAUACGCAUUUAUGUUUUUGUUUGACUCAUGUGGUGUGUCGUGAAUGGUGAAGUAUUUGGGCUGACAAAGAACAAGGAUUUGAUACGAUACUGUUUCUCUCUCACUUUCUCUCUCUCUCUCUCUCUCUCUCUCUCUCUCUCUCUCUCUCUCUCUCUCUGUCUCUCUCUCACAUUCACACACACUCACACAAAUAUAUACACAGACGCACGCAAAUAAUAUCUGACUGUCUAUUCGCCUCUCUCUGUCUCCUGGUCUGUUUGUGUGUCUCUGUCUCUAAUUCUUUCUUUCUCUCUUAAAUUAAACCAGUUGUCGAGUGUUUCAUUUCGGUUGCACACACACACACACACACACA